AUGGCUUCAUUUCUCGAUCAUGCCUACAGCUUGGUCCACCAGGACAACACGGCCGACGUGCCGACCCUGGCCGAUCUCAAGACGCAGCUGGAAAAGGGGACCGACGAAAGCAAGGUCGAGACGAUGAAGCGCAUCCUCACCAUUAUGCUCAACGGCGACUCGAUGCCCCAGCUCCUGAUGCACAUUAUCCGAUUCGUCAUGCCCUCGAAGCACAAGGCCCUGAAGAAGAUGCUCUACUUUUACUACGAGAUCUGCCCCAAGCUUGACUCCACUGGCAAGCUCAAGCAGGAGAUGAUCCUGGUUUGCAACGGCAUCAGGAACGAUCUUCAACAUCCCAACGAAUACAUUCGCGGCAACACCCUGCGCUUCCUCUGCAAGCUCCGCGAGCCCGAGCUCAUCGAGCCCCUCCUGUCCUCCGCAAGGCAAUGUCUGGAGCACCGCCACGCCUACGUUCGCAAGAAUGCCGUCUUUGCCGUUGCCUCCAUCUUCCAGCACUCUCCUUCGCUCAUCCCUGACGCGCCCGAACUCAUCAGCACCUUCCUCGAGGCCGAGACCGACCCCACAUGCAAGAGGAAUGCGUUUGCCGCCCUGUCCUCUAUCGACCACGAGAGGGCUCUCGUUUACCUCAGCCAGGUCUUUGACGGCAUCCCGAACGCAGAGGAGCUCCUUCAGCUGGUGGAGCUCGAGUUUAUCCGCAAGGAUGCUGUGCAGAACUCCCAGAACAAGCCGCGGUAUCUGCGUCUCAUCUUUGACCUGCUCGAGGCCAACACGUCUACUGUCGUAUACGAGGCCGCCUCGUCCCUGACCGCCCUCACGAACAACCCUGUUGCCGUCAAGGCCGCCGCCGCCAAGUUCAUUGAGCUCAGCAUCAAGGAGGCCGACAACAAUGUGAAGCUGAUCGUUCUCGAUCGCGUCGAUCAGCUGCGCAGGAAGAGCCCCGGCGUUCUCGACGACUCGGUCAUGGAAAUCCUGCGUGUGCUGUCCAGCCCCGAUAUCGACGUCAGGAGGAAAGCGCUCAACCUGGUUCUCGACAUGGUGUCGAGCAAGAACGUCGAGGAAGUUGUCUUGUUGCUGAAGAAGGAGCUGUCCAAGACGGUCGACCAGGAGUAUGAGAAGAACACGGAAUACCGCCAGCUCCUGAUCCACUCCAUCCACCAGUGCGCCAUCAAGUUCUCCGAGGUGGCGGCCAGCGUCGUUGAGCUGCUGAUGGACUUUGUCGCCGACUUUAACAACGCGUCUGCAGUCGAUGUCAUCAACUUUGUCAAGGAGGUCGUGGAAAAGUUCCCCAAGCUUCGCAAGCCCAUCGUUGCCAGGCUCGUCGCCACGCUGGGCGAGGUUCGCGCUGGCAAGGUCUACCGGGGCAUCAUGUGGAUCAUUGGUGAAUACUCCCUCGACGAGGGUGACGUUCGGGAUGCUUGGAAGAGGAUACGCGCGAGUCUCGGCGAGAUCCCCAUCCUUGCCUCGGAACAACGACUGCUGGAUGAUAAUGACGACGAGAAGAAGGAGGAGGAGCAGGUCAACGGACAUUCGAAGCCCGCGGCGCCCUCUGGCUCGCGCAAGGUGUUGGCAGAUGGAACCUACGCGACCGAGACUGCCCUCACAAGCCAGUCGUCGGCGGCAGCGAAGCUCGAGGCCGUCAAGGCGGCUCAGAAGCCACCGCUGAGACAGCUCAUCCUCGAUGGCGACUACUAUCUCGCCACUGUUCUAUCAGCCACCCUGACCAAGCUCGUCAUGAGGCACGCACAGAUCUCCAAGGAUACCGCCCGCACCAACGCCCUGAGGGGCGAGGCCAUGCUCAUCAUGAUCUCCAUCAUUCGCGUGGGCCAGUCUCAGUUUGUCAAGGCCCCCAUUGACGAGGACUCUGUCGACCGUAUCAUGUCCGGUGUGCGGUCACUGUCCGAGUUCACCCAGCACAAGCAGAUUGAGACGGUGUAUCUGGACGACACGCGAAAGGCCUUCCGCGCCAUGGUGCAAGCGGAAGAGAAGAAGCGCGCGGCAAAGGAGGCCGUCGAGAAGGCCAAGACGGCCAUCCAGGUCGAUGAUGUGGUCCAGAUCCGGCAAUUGUCGAAGAAGAACGCGGGCAGCGGCGUGGACGAGAUUGACAUUGACCUCGAGCGGGCCACGGGCGGCGAGUCGGCCGCUGAGGAUGUGUCGUCCAAGCUCAGCAGGGUAGUCCAGCUCACCGGUUUCUCCGAUCCCGUAUACGCCGAGACGUAUGUCACGGUGCAUCAGUUUGAUAUUGUUCUCGACGUCCUGCUCGUCAACCAGACGUCGGAGACGCUGCAGAACCUGUCGGUCGAGUUUGCGACGCUGGGCGACCUCAAGGUGGUCGAGAGGCCAACGACGCAGAACCUGGGCCCGCACGGCUUCCACAACGUGCAAUGCACGAUCAAGGUCCGGCGUCGUGCACGGAGACGCAGUUCCGCACCAUGUGGACCGAGUUUGAGUGGAGAACAAGGUCAACAUCAACUCAGGCGAAGACGCUGCGCGACUUCCUCGAGCAGCUCAUGGCAGCGACCAACAUGA